AAAGGGUUUACCUGGUUUAUUUUUUCCCCUCCGAUUCUUCGACUAUCAUCUCUUUCAUUCUAGCUCUAAAAUUUUCAUAAACCCUCAGGGGAAUCAAGAUGAGUUCAUACUCAAACCCACCAAAAUUUCGAAAAUCUCCUCCUUCAAACCCUAAUGGGUUGGCUUCAAGUCCGUCCACCAAACCCUCUUCAACACCAAUCAUCGCCAUCUGUAAACCAAACCCUAGAAUCCCUCCUAUUUGAUGCAAUAAACAACCUACCUGAUACCGACGAUGAAGAAGAUGGAAACGACAACAGCGGCAAAACCCAGCUCGCGAAAGAAGAAUCAAAGCUGGAAGAUGAGGUGAUUAAGAUCAUUCUUAGUGGAGACACGGAGGAAUCCCUAAAACCGAAUUCGGGUGAAGCUGUUAGGAUCGGAGAGCAUCAUAUUUGCAUCGGGUAUCAUGUGGAACCCGGUUCGGAGUAUCGAGUGUGGGAAUGGCAUGGUCACAUCAUGUUAUUUGAUGAAGAAAAUGGGUAUAAUUAUAACCCAGAGUAUAUCUAUGGGAAUUACUUCGAGAAGUUGAGAGUUGUGCCCAAGAAGAUGAAAGUGAAGGCUGAGGAAGACAAGGUGGUGAAUUCCGGGUUAAAGGAGCUGAUUGAAUCAAGUGAGGAUGCAGGAUCGGGUCGGAUACUCCAUCGUAAUAUGAAUGUUGGGUCCACUAGGGUCUAGAAUAAUGAUGUUGUGUGGUUGGGAAGCUUUGACACUUGCAAACAUUGAAUCGAAUCGUUUUUUAUGAUCGCAUACAGAUUCGACAAACUUUAUUUACUGUUACCAUCCAUGGCGAUAUCAUUUCGCAUGAUUAUUCAUUAUAGAUUAGUUAAGGA